AUGACGACCUCUCCACUAUUCAAGCCUCUCAACAUUGGACAAUGUCAGCUCCAACACCGCAUUGUCAUGGCACCCAUGACCCGAUUUCGCACGGACUCAGACCACGGACCUCUGCCAAUCGCCAAGGAAUACUACAGCCAGCGAUCACACACACCAGGCACGUUAAUAAUCACCGAAGGCACAGCCGUAUCGGAAAAGCUCGUGGGUCUUCCCCAAUGGGCAGGAUGUUGGAGCAAAAGCCAGCUGCAGAAGUGGCAAGCCAUCACUGAAGAAGUUCACGGCAAGGGUUGCUAUAUCUUUCUGCAGCUUUGCUGUGCAGGUCGCACGGCAGACAAGGGAUUUCCCAAGCUCUCAUCUGGCAAUAUCCCCCUCGAGGCUGAAGCCAGUGCUAUAGAGACUGAAGAUGAUGAUAGACCACCGGAGCCGAUGAGCGAGCAGGAAAUCCAUGACGCCAUACGCGACCACGCCACUGCUGCCCGCAAUGCCAUAGCCGCCGGCUUCGAUGGUGUGGAGCUUCACGGUGCUAAUGGCUAUCUCAUCGAUCAAUUUAUCCAAGAAUCUUGCAAUAAUAGGACGGAUAAAUGGGGUGGCUCGGUUGAGAAUCGCUCGCGCUUUGCACUCGAAGUCACUGCCGCUGUUGUUGAUGCUGUUGGUGGUGAUCGUGUUGGCUUCCGCAUCAGUCCUUGGAGCACAUACCACUCUAUCGAGCCUCGGAAUCCGGAGUCUCAGUUCACUCAUCUGGUUACUGAGUUGCGGAAGUUGGACCUGGCUUACCUACACGUCAUUACGUCUCGUGUGGACAAUUGGUAUGAUGUGGACCGUGUAAAGCCUCUUGAUUUUGUCUUUGAUAGCUGGCGAACAGACAUACCUGUCAUCAUCACUGGGGGGUACGAUGGAGAUUCUGCAAAGCGCGCUGUUGAGGAGUAUAAGGACUUCAAGCUCGCCGUUGGAUUCGGUCGGUCGUUCGCUUCAACGCCUGAUCUUGUGGCUUGCAUCAAAAUGGGUAUCGCACCAAACCCUUUCAAUGGCGACCUGGCCUAUACUCCCGGUACCCCUAAAGGGUACAUCGACUAUCCUUUCCUAUCCUAA